CCGCUGAAAAUCCCCCGAGGCCUGUACCCAGCACGUACUUCGCACAGCCGGCAUCCCCCCGGUGUCCGUUCGUUGCCUCGCCUGCCAUACCAUUGGGUUCGAUUGCUAUUAGAGUUAUAACUGUGGAACAACGGCCAAAGCAAAUUAGGGGUCCAUGUAUGUCAUGGUGGUAGAUUCAUAAUAGGAAAAUUGAGGUUACCGCGAAUCAAUGUUGGUACAGAACCGGUUACGCUUCUAACGACUACCUGGCCCUAUCUCUCUCCCUUCUCUCCUCGGGGUUGAUUUGGUGCUAUUGUCGCGGUAGCGACCAUUGCGACCGACCCCCUUCAAACAAACAAUGGCUACAGUUACGAGUAAUCCUCCAACGCCGCCUCCUCCAGUCGCCUCGUCGCCCGCUAGGUCUAUUCACCGGAAACCCGUGCCUCUAGCGAAACUGCCGCUCGGGCAACAUGAGCGUACUGACUCUCAAGAAAGCUUUUCCGGAAGCAACUUACCCAUCAAUACCAUGGUCGAGUCGGCGACAAUGAAAGCUUCUCCGGUUUCUCCGGUUAGGGUCAACUUUCAGCCAGACCACUGGGCGCAGCCGUCGAAUGCGAGUAUCGAGGGGAACUACCAACAUUUACAACACUCUCUAGAUGCGCCCAUACUUCCUCCUCAUAGUCAAAUGUACGACCCGGCAUACGACCACGCUGGAAAUUUGACACCGAAACAGACAUACGCUAGCGACCACUUUUAUAGGCCUGGGCAGGAGAGGCUAUUGCAUACUACAGAAACGGGUUAUGUGGAUACUUCGGCUGCGCGAGACCAUGACAGUCAAAGCUUCAGCGACAGUUCUCGCAGCGAUGAUCCGAACCGCCAUAGUCGUGAAUCGGAUGCGACUGCGAGCACACAACAGCAGACUUCGACUGAAUCUUCAGUCGAGACGAGCGCAAGCUCAGUUUCUGGUGGCCUGAAUGAUAUUUGCGAGGGUCAGGUUAUGCCUUAUGAGGCAUCUCCAGAAGAAUCUAUUAUCGAAGACUCCAUAGCAGAAAGUCAAUCGGUCCCCCAAUUACAAUAUCAUCACCAGCCUCUCCUUCCGCGCGUUGCUAGCAUGCCCAUUGAGGCGAACUCGAGGCAUUCCUCCAGGUCAGAUCUUGCAGAAUCAGGCAUAGCUAUAAAUCGGCACUUAACCCCGAACUCUUACAUGAGGAGGAGUUCUCUCCCUCGACCGCAGUCGGCAUAUUCGGUGUAUUCUGAGUUGGGACCGCGCGGACGAUCUCCGAACUACGGGGGCGGUAACCCCCGUACACCAUCGGCGCAGUCUCGAAGGUCACCGGAAACCAGGCCGGUUUCCUACGCAGAGUUGCUCAAUGUUCCGUAUCCCCAGCAGGCACCGGCUCCCAUCACGUUCGAUAAUUCCUAUUUGCGUAAUAAUGUGGGGAGCAACGCUUCGUUGCUCAGUGCACAAAAGACGCUGGAGAUGUAUAGGCAGAAUGUGAAGAAGACAAACGACUUCUCGAUCCAAUAUUCGUUUGCCGUCUUCUUGAUUUCGACUGCACAAGAACAAGGUUUAAAUCUGGAAGAACCUUCACGGAAAAAGAGUACUCCGAAGGGAAGUCCGCUUAAUGAUAACACGGAAUCUCCACCGACUGAGUUGAUUCGUGAAGCUAAAAGUAUAUUGACAAGGUUGGCCAAUGGCGGCUAUCCUUUUGCACAGUAUUAUCUAGCAGAUGGGUUCGCCUCGGGCUUAUUCAACAAGGGCAAGGAAGAUUACAACUCAGCUUUUCCCCUCUUUGUUCUGGCUGCGAAGCACGGUCACGCUGAGUCUGCAUAUCGCGCUGGUUUAUGCUACGAAUUUGGAUGGGGUUGUAGAAAAGAUCCUGCCAAAGCAGUACAGUUUUUACGAACAGCAGCAUCCAAAAACCAUCCAGGCGCCAUGACUAGACUUGGGAAGGCUUGUCUCUCCGGAGAUUUGGGCGAGAACCGAUAUCGAGAGGGGGUAAAAUGGCUGAAACGCGCCACAGAAUCGGCCGACGCCAUGUACAACGCCGCCCCAUACCAUCUUGCCACACUCUAUGAAACCGGAUAUGGCGAUGAUAUCUUCAAAGAUGAGAGCUAUGCCGCUGAACUGUUCACUCAAGCCGCCGAGCUUGGGCACGCUGAGGCGAGCUUUCGUAUGGGAGAUGCAUACGAACAUGGAAAGUUGAACUGCCCACGAGAUCCAGCCUUGAGCGUCCACUUCUAUACCGGGGCAGCAGAAGGUGGCCACGCUGGAGCUAUGAUGGGGCUAUGUGCGUGGUACAUGGUUGGCGCCGAACCUAUUCUAGAGAAGGAUGAAGAAGAAGCUUAUGAAUGGGCUCGUCGGUCAGCGGACCUUGCAGGCUACGUCAAGGCCCAAUAUGCUGUCGGUUACUUUACUGAAAUGGGCAUAGGUUGUCGUCGUGACAUCCUAGAAGCUAACGUUUGGUAUGUCAAAGCAGCUGAUGCUGGCGACGAUCGAGCGAAGCAAAGGCUCGCAGCUAUCCGAGCAGCUGUGAGCGGUGGUGGAACACCAAUGGAGGUUGCCCCGCCUCGAAGCACAAAAAUGAAGAAAAACCCGCCAACUAAAGACGAUAAGGAGUGCGUUGUAAUGUAAAAUGGCCAACUUGAUGGCAGUUGGCGCUUCAUAGGUGGUGAAAGGACAUUGGAAAGGGUCAAACGUUGCCUUCGACAAAAGCAUGUGUCUAUCUUGGAAAACUUUCAGAGUACUCAUGAAGCGGCACGGCCCUUUUCUAGAAUAUCCAACGUCCCAAUUAUCAUUUCCUACGCCUUUAUUCAAGGGUGGAAACUGAUUUCAAACAAACCCAAUCGGGGCACUUUUCCCGGCGAAGCAUCGUGAUUGUAAGGUGUGGGAAGCAAGGAGUUUCCUUUCCUUUCCUUUCCUUU